AAAUCGUCCACGCUGAAAAGCCAAUCUAUCCCCAUCUUCUCCUCAACACCCAACACCCAAAACACUCGCAACACUCUCCCUCUCUCUCCCUCCCUUAUCUUCCUCAAACAGAUGUAAGCAAAUUAACAACAAAAACAAAGUUUCAAAGCACAAGUUUAGGACACACUUGAUAUAUCUCUCUGGUUCUAAACUUGCAUCUAAUGGCUUCCCUUUCUCUUCCUAAGCACCACUUCCCUUCUGUGCUCCCCACUCAAACUCCUAGACACAACCCAUCUUCGAAAAGCCUCCCAAUUGUCUCAAGUUCAUCACAUUCUCAAUUUUAUGGCCUCAAGCUCUCCAAUUCCUCCUCUUUGCCAAUCCCUUCUUCUUCUUCUUCUGGAAAGAUGUUUAUUUGUGCUGCUAAGGUGGACAAGGGUAAGGUUCCACCAGCCUUCACAUUGAAAGAUCAGGAUGGAAAAACUGUGAGUCUCUCCAAGUUCAAAGGAAAGCCUGUGGUUCUCUAUUUCUACCCUGCUGAUGAGACCCCAGGGUGCACCAAACAGGCUUGUGCUUUCAGAGAUUCUUAUGAGAAGUUUAAAAAGGCUGGAGCCCAGGUCGUCGGAAUUAGUGGUGAUGACCCAUCAUCACACAAGGCUUUUGCAAAGAAAUACAAACUUCCAUACACAUUACUUAGCGACGAGGGUAAUAAGGUGAGGAAAGAAUGGGGAGUGCCAUCCGAUCUGUUUGGGACAUUGCCUGGAAGACAGACUUAUGUUCUGGACAAGAAUGGGGUUGUUCAACUCAUCUACAACAACCAGUUCCAACCUGAGAAGCAUAUUGAUGAAACUCUCAAAUUCCUUCAAAGCCUUUAAAGUUCUCCUGUUUUUAGCUGCUUUGUUUUUUCAUCCCUAUGUCCAUUAUAUCUCCACAAAACAGGGUCAGCAAGUAGUUAUUUUUGUAUAAUUCGAAAGCCAGUUAUAAUUACUAAUGCUGCUGGCCAUGUUUGUACUUGUCCCAAGUAAAAGGGCAGUUGUUUUCUGCCCUAUGAAAGCAAAUUUCAAGUCGAAAUUUUUGUGGAAUAUCCAAUGGCUAUUAUACAGCAUGACCUAGAUGGCAAUAAUUUCGUUCUAAGUGAUGUAAUAUCUUUGAGAUUGUGAAUGUUAUUGUAAAUGGUGGAUCAUGAGGGUAUUUUGCUUAUGUUAAUUAG